CAAAAUUUCCAUUUCCGCUCUUUUUCUAUCGAACUCGCGGAGCAAAAUGCAGCAAAAGCGCAGAGAACCCGUGCAGGCCGUUCAAGUCUUCGGACGCAAGAAAACCGCGACCGCCGUUGCUUAUUGCAAGCGUGGCAGCGGUCUGCUGAAGGUGAAUGGACGUCCAUUGGAGCAGAUUGAACCCAAAGUUCUGCAGUACAAAUUGCAGGAGCCACUGUUGUUGCUCGGCAAGGAGAAAUUCGGCGGUGUUGACAUCCGUGUCCGCGUCAGCGGUGGUGGUCAUGUAGCCCAGAUCUACGCUAUUCGUCAGUCGAUUUCCAAGGCUCUGGUUGCCUUCUAUCAGAAAUACGUCGACGAGGCCUCCAAGAAGGAAAUCAAGGACAUUCUUGUCCAGUACGACAGAACUCUGCUGGUCGGCGAUCCACGUCGUUGCGAGCCCAAGAAGUUCGGUGGUCCAGGUGCCCGUGCUCGUUACCAGAAGUCGUACCGUUAAGCAUUCUGCUGAUUUUCAAUUUGGAUUAGAUAUUUUGUACAAUUUGAAAAGAUUUUCACUGUGCUUCUUCGCAACUGAAGGAACAUAUGAAUAAACGGAAAACUUAACUUUAAGUGGUUAA